AUGUGGUACUGGCACGAAGCCUACAUCGAAGUAGACUGGGACUGCGACUUCGAGGCCGCAGGACUGAAGACCGCUUUCGAUGGCUUGGAACUUAAUUCGCUGCCUUUGCACGACGAAAACGGCGUUCCGAUCGGCGACAACAAUUGCUGGAAUAUCCAUCACUAUGACGGCCAAAGUGAUGAGGAGAUCAAGGACCAGAAGUAUACGGUCAAUGGGAAAGAGUACACUGCCACAGGCGGACACUACGAAUUCGCCAUCAAUCACCCAGGUGGGUUGAUCUUCGCAAGAGACAUCAUGAACCCGCGUUCCGCUGUCACCGAUCUUGGAUACUGGGACCAUCCAGCAGCUCCCGACGAGCUACCUGAGUUGCAGUACUGUUCUGAUGUCCUAUGGGCCUAUUGGGUGCGCGAUAACCCCAAUGUCAAAAAACUCCGUGUCUAUGGUGCGAAGGAUGUCGUCAACGAUGACACUGUCUUGCUUGUGACGCGCGCAAUGAGGGAUAUGGGGAAGAGUGCGCUGGAGGCUUGGCCCGGUGUCGAGUUUGCGUAUGGGACGGAUGGGUUUAGAGCUUUGAUCGGGUCACCCAUUGGCGCCACCGCUGCACAUAUGCUUGUGACGCAUAAAGCGGAGUUGGGCGUCAAGUGGAUCACUAGAGUGAUUAUCGUUAAGAACAAUAUUUCUCCUCGUAAGAACAGGAGGAUCGGAACACGUAUGCACAUAUUCUUUACGAUUGAAGAUGUCCCUCAGGACGACAUUAGUGACCCAGACAAUUCUGAAGCUGUCAAGCGUUAUGUGGAGAGGGAUCUCAGCGGGAUGAGCAAUGAGAAGGAUAUCGCCCGGGUUCACACAGUGAGGGACAGGUAG